CUUACUGCCACGUCAUGGUAUUCGUUUACUUUGUUUCACGGUUGAUUUCCUCAUGGUUUGCAUUUGCCCUUCCGUUGUUUCGUUCAUUUCAAGCGCUGCAGAGGCGUCCGUUAUCCGAGACAGACAUUGAGCGCUUGACAAAGUACUGGAUUGUGGUCGGUGCACUGUUGGCGUUUGAAUAUUCUGUCGAAGCCUUCAUUAGCUGGUUCCCGUUCUACUGGGAACUGAAGCUGCUGUUCCUGUUGUUCAUUUCGCUACCUCAAGUACAGGGAUCCACGUACAUUUAUGACACGUGGCUGUCACCUUACCUUUCGCGCAAUGAACUUUACCUUGAUCGCCAAAUAGACUCCGCGUCAGAGAACUUCCUAGGCUUUUUCCAGGCUCAGGUCCAAGUGAUACUCGAUAAGAUAAUGGGUCGGACAUCGGCUGGAACUCCAGGAGCAGGGCCAAAUGGAGCGACCGGCAUGCAGGCACCUUCUUUCGUAGCGGACGGCGCACGUUUGGCCAUGAGCUUCUUGAUGAGCCAUGGAGCAUCCAUGGCUGGAAGAGAGGAUCCUGUUCGUCCAGGAGCUUCCCCACCCGCUUCAUCAACUUCGAUCCAGCCCAGCCCAUCUGCUCAAGCAGGUCAGCGAGGUGGAUUCGCAUCGAACAGCCAGACGUCCCUUCAUAUCACACCGGAGGAUGUUUACCAAGCACACUCACCCAAGACAGACGCUCACGAUGGUGCAGCGUCCCCUGCAUUCCCUCAGCCGGAACACUUCUGAUUCGUUUCAGCGACAAGAAUUGACAUCGUAACCGUGUCAUUUCGAUAAGAGCAUGAAAAUUACAAAUUUACUAGUUACUUCCCGC